UAUAUACUUCAUGUACUUUGAAGCUAGCUAGCUCACCACCACAUUUUGCAAUUAUGGCAUCAUCUUCUUGGCCGGACAGUUUACCAAGCAAACGGAUCAAAGUCAUCGAAUACCUUGUUCAAGGCCAAAAAUUGACAAAUAGGCUUCUUGGAAUGCUGCGACAAUCCGAAAAGUCUAUGUCAAAUGACCAAACAUCAGUGGAUGAUGUUGCGGUUCAAAUACUAAAGAUGUUUGAUAGCACACUUGCAAUACUAAGUUCAUGUACCUUCAACGAGAUUCCUCGUGGCGAAACAAAAUAUUUAAGCAAUUCUAAUGCCCAAAAUACAGAACACACCGACGAAAGUGUUCAAAUUAUCACACCCGUAAAACCAAAAAGGGGAUGUCACAAAAGAAGAAAAGGCUCAUGGACAUCAACGAAAAUUACUUCUGCUUUGGUAGAUGAUGGAUAUGCAUGGAGGAAAUAUGGUCAAAAGGUGAUCCUCAAUAAAAAACACAAAAGAAACUACUAUAGGUGCACUUAUAAAUUUGAUCAAGGUUGUCAUGCAACCAAACAAGUUCAAAAGAUUGAAGAUAAUCCACCAAAAUAUAAGACAAUCUAUGAUGGACAACAUACUUGCAACAUUUUACGAAGGACGAUCCCUCAUCAAAUAAUCUUGGAUUCUUCACAUCAUCCAAAGGAUAACUCAGUCCUCCUUAAUUUUGCCAUAGAAGGGCUCACUAACAACAACAACUACAACAACCAAGUUGACCUUUCUCCAGAUUUACGACACAGACAAAAGUCGUCGCUAAAUCAUUGUCUAUUGUGGAACCGAACCAAGCAAGUCACACAAGCUAUAUCAAAGCCUAUCUCUAUGACGAUGUCGUCUGGGUUGGAUAAUCACGAGGACAUGGUUUCUCUAGGUGUGUGUUCUUCUGCAUGAAGCUAGUAAGAUAUGGUAUUAUCUUGGUUCAAGUUAGUUUGUUUUAGUUUUUGAGUGCUUUCUAACAUAUACAUAUGUAUAUGGGAAUUAGAAAAAUGUAACUUUUUUAUGAAACUAAUCCUGAUUUAGCUAAGUUAACUUUGUGCUCUAGCUAGCAAUAAUAAGGCA